UGGUGGCCCGGGUGACUUAGCCAGCUCCCUCGCCACCCAGACUCAGUUCCAUGCCAUGGGGAGUCUGAAACCCUGGGCCAGAUACCUGCUCCUGGUUGUGGCCCACCUGCUGGCCCUGAGCCUUGGGGCAGUGGUGCUACAGGCCUUGGAGGGCCCCCCGGCACUCCAGCUCCAGGCCCAGCUCCAGGCUGAGCUGUCUACCUUCCAGGCAGAGCACAGGGCCUGCCUGUCACCUGAGGCACUGGUGGAGCUGCUAGGUGCCGUCCUGAGAGCACAGGCCCAUGGAGUCUCCAGCCUGGGCAACGGCUCAGAGGCAAGCAACUGGGAUCUGCCCUCAGCUCUGCUGUUCACUGCCAGCAUCCUCACCACCACCGGCUAUGGCCACAUGGCCCCACUGUCCGCAGGUGGAAAGGCCUUCUGUGUGGUCUAUGCAGCCCUUGGGCUACCAGCCUCCCUAGCACUCCUGGCUGCCCUGCGCCACUGCCUGCUGCCUGUGUUCAGUCGCCCAGGUGCCUGGGUAGCUGCUCGCUGGCGGCUGGCGCCAGCCCAGGCUGCCCUGCUCCAGGCAGCGGCACUGGGCCUCCUGGUGGCCUGUGUGUUUGUGCUUCUGCCGGCGCUGGUGCUGUGGGCUAUCCAGGGCGACUGCAGCCUGUUGGAAGCUGUCUACUUCUGCUUCGGCUCACUCAGCACUAUCGGCCUAGGGGACUUGCUGCCUGGCCAUGGACAUGGCCUGCAUCCGGCCAUUUACCAUCUUGGACAGUUUGCCCUUCUUGGUUAUUUGCUCCUGGGGCUCCUGGCCAUGCUGUUGGCGGUAGAGACCUUCUCAGAGCUGCCACAGGUCCGUGCCAUGGUAACAUUCUUUGGGCCCACUGGCUCUAGAACAGAUGAAGACCAAGAUGGCAUCCUAGGCCAGGAUGAGCUGGCUCUGAGCACCACGCCUCCUGACCCCCCAGCAGUGGAGCAAACCAUUCCGGCAUCAGCAUCAGAACGGACCCCAGCUUGCUAACACACAUCCGGUGACAGGGCUCCAGCUCGUUACGCUGGAGGACCUGGAGCAGGAGGCCCGGAGGAGUGCUGGGGAGCACAGCAGGAAGGGAUUGUGGGUACCAGAAUGUCAGGGGAUAAUGUUAAAUAAUUAAAUGGGCUGCUUAGCAUGCA